GCAGGACUGACUGCAGAGUGCAAACCCUGCUCGCCGUCCGUACUUUGCGCACAUCUUUGAGGAUAAACUGAUUUCCAGGCAAUCCAGAAAGUAUUCGACUCCAGCGUGGUUUAAGAAGCGUCCAGUGUUUCCUGUGCUCCGCUGAACAGAGAAACUGAAGCAUGUACGCUUUCGGAGGGAUCUCAGCGACCAUACUGACAGACAGACUGAAGGCUGAAGGCAUGGGGUCCAAGGAAGAGGCGGUCAUGUUUCUGAACCAGGACUACGAGGCCCUGAAGCAGGAGUGCCUGGAGACCGGCUGCCUGUUUGAGGACCCCUGCUUCCUCGCCGAGCCGCAGUCGCUGGGCUUCAAGGAGCUGGCCCCCCACUCCUCCAAGACCCGGGGCGUGGAGUGGCAGCGGCCCACGGAGCUGACGGAGGACCCUCAGUUCAUCCUCGGCGGGGCGACGAGAACCGACAUCUGCCAGGGGGCUCUGGGAGACUGCUGGCUCCUGGCUGCCAUCGCCUCGCUCACGCUGAACGAGCAGCUGCUCCACCGCGUGGUCCCCCACGGCCAGAGCUUCCAGGACGACUACGCCGGGAUCUUCCACUUCCAGUUCUGGCAGUUCGGGGAGUGGGUGGACGUGGUCAUCGACGACCGGCUGCCGGUGAAGGACGGGGAGCUGCUGUUCGUCCACUCAGCCGAGGGGAACGAGUUCUGGAGCGCCCUGAUAGAGAAGGCCUACGCCAAGCUGAACGGCUCGUACGAGGCCCUGUCGGGGGGCAGCACCACGGAGGGGUUCGAGGAUUUCACGGGCGGCGUGUCGGAGAUGUACGAGCUGAAGAAGGCCCCGCGGGACCUGUACCGGAUCAUCAGCAAGGCCCUGGAGAGAGGCUCCCUGCUGGGCUGCUCCAUCGAUAUCACCAGUGCCUUUGACAUGGAGGCCGUAACGUUCAAGAAGCUGGUAAAAGGCCACGCCUACUCUGUGACAGGACUGAAGCAGGUGGAGUUUCAGGGGCAGACAGAGAGGCUGAUCCGCAUCAGGAACCCGUGGGGCCAGGUGGAGUGGACCGGCGCCUGGAGCGAUAACUCCCCUGAGUGGGAUGAGAUUGACCCGGCCGACAGGGAGGACCUGCACUUACAGAUGGAGGACGGGGAGUUUUGGAUGUCCUUUCAGGAGUUCCUGAGGCAGUAUUCCCGCCUGGAAAUCUGCAACCUGACCGCAGACGCACUGAGCAACGACAGCCUGAGUUUCUGGAACACCACCAAGUACCACGGGAUGUGGAGGAGAGGAAGCACAGCUGGAGGCUGCAGGAACCACCCCAACACGUUCUGGAUAAACCCGCAGUAUAAGAUCACGCUGCUGGAGGAGGAUGAUGACCCGGAGGAUGAAGAGGUGGCCUGCAGCGCCCUGGUGGCUCUGAUGCAGAAAGACCGGCGCAGAUACCGCCGGCAGGGACAGGACAUGCACACCAUCGGAUUCGCCGUGUACGAGAUUCCAGACGAGUACAGGGGCUGCCAGAACGUGCACCUGAAGAAGGACUUCUUCCUGACCCACUCGUCGUGCGCACGCUCCGAGACCUUCAUCAACCUGCGCGAGGUGAGCGCCAGAGUCCGCCUGCCCCCGGGGGAGUACCUGGUGGUGCCCUCCACCUUCGAGCCCAGCAAGGAGGCCGACUUCGUGCUCCGGGUCUUCACCGAGAAGCAGGCCGAGACGGAAGAGUUGGAUGAUGAAAUUUCAGCUGACCUGGAAGACGUGGAGGACAUUUCUGAAGACGACAUCGACGACUCUUUCAAGUCAAUGUUUGCCCAGCUCGCUGGGGAGGAUAUGGAGAUCUCGGUCCACGAGCUCAGAACCAUCCUGAACAGGGUGGUGUCCAGACACAAGGACUUGAAAACAGACGGCUUUAGCUUGGAGGCCUGCAGAACCAUGGUUAACCUCAUGGAUAAAGAUGGCAGCGCCCGUCUUGGCCUGGUGGAGUUUCAGAUUCUGUGGAAUAAGAUCAGGAAGUGGCUGGGAGUCUUCAGACAGUUCGACCUGGACAAGUCGGGGGCCAUGAGCUCCUACGAGAUGCGUCUGGCGGUGGAGGCUGCAGGCUUCAAGCUCAACAACAAACUGAACCAGCUGCUGGUGGCCAGAUAUGCUGAAGACGAGGUCAUUGACUUUGACAACUUCAUCUGCUGCCUGGUCAAACUGGAAGCCAUGUUCAGAACUUUCCAGCAGCUUGACAAAGAGGGACAGGGCGUGGCUGAAAUGAACAUCACAGAGUGGUUGUAUAUAACCAUGUGCGGCUGAGGAGACCACACCCCCUUCAGAGGAACCCCACGGGCCCCCCCAAAGUGCCUGCACCCCCCCUUCCUAAUGACCUUGCCCAAUUAGACAACCCCCCACCAACGGUCCUGACCUGUGACUGACUCGCCCACCUCCUGCCCUGUGUGCCCGGCAGCCCAGCGGGUCCUGGUAGCCCUUCAUGGAUUCCUCUGCAGGUGUCGGCUCUCAUCUCUGCAAACACACAACAUGUCCGCUGUACUUCUGCCCACUGUACCCCAUCAGCGAUAUCCGCUCUGAAAAUCAUCUCCAGCUCCAUUUCUGUCACCCGUAACUAUGCAACCAGACACUUCAGUCGGAUAUUCCUGUGAUAUCAUGCUCGGAUACUAACAUAGGUGACUUUUGAAAGUGCAUCUCCCUGUGUGUGUACUUAAACGAUAACACGGUGCUAGGAAUCAUUAGCAUCUCUCAUGUACAUUUACUAGUAAGCCAGGAAUAUGCUUCCACUGUUCCCCAAAAGUAGUAUUUUCUGUCUAAAAUGAAAUUGCCCAGGUUAGCUGUGCCAGAUAGCUAUGCUAAUAGCUAGCAAGGCAACAGCGCCUUGGCAUUCAGCCCAUAAAAUAAUCUAUAUUAUAUAUCUAUAAUUAUAUUCAGUGGGAGCAAUAAUUAUUUGAUCCCUUGCUGAUUUUGUAGGUUUGCCCACUUACAAAGAAUGGAACUGUGUAGAAUUUUAAUCAUAGGUACAUUUUAACAUUGAGAGACAGAAUAUCACAAAAUAUCCACAAUAACAACAUCAUAUACAUUUUAUAAAUUUAAUAUCAUAUUUUCACAUUAAAUAAGUAUUUGAUCCAUAGAACAAUAGGACUUAAUACUUGGUGGAGAAACCUUUGUUGACAAGCACAGAGGUCAGACGUUUGUUGUAGUUUUCACCAGGUUUGCACAGAUCUUGGGAGGGAUUUUGGUCUGGACACUGGCUAGGCCACUCCAGGACCUUAAUAUGCUUCUUUUUCAGCCACUCCUUUGUUGCCUUGGCCGUAUGUUUUGGGUCAUUGUCAUGUUGGAAGACCCAUCCACGACCCAUUUUCAGUGCUCUCACUGAAGGAAGGAGGUUGUCUCCCCAUUCAUCCUCCCCUCGAUACGGUGAAGUCAGCCCCUGAGCUGAGAAACACCCCCAAAGCAUAAGGUUUCCACCUCCAUGCUUCACAGUGGGGAUGGUGUUCUUGGGGUUGUACUCAGCAUUUCUCUUCCUUCAAACACGGCGAGUCGAGUUGAUGCCAAAUAGCUCUAUUUUGGUCUCAUCUGACCACAUGACCUUCUCCUCUGGAUCAUCCAGGUGUUCUUUGGCAAACUUCAGACGGGCCUGUACAUGUGCCUUCUUCAGCAGAGGAACCUUGCGCGCGCAGCAGGAUUUGAAUCCUUCACGGUGUAGUGUGUUACUGAUGGUUCUCUUCGUGACUGUGGUCCCAACUGCCUUCAGGUCAUUAACAAGCUCCUCCUAUGUAGUACUGGGCUGAUCCCUGACCUUUUUCAUGAUUAUUGAUAUCUCAUAAGGCAAGAUCUUGUGUGGAGCCCCAGACCGAGGGAGAUUGGCGGUGACUUUGUGUUUCCUAAUAAUUCGAAUAAUUGCCCCAACAGUUGUUAACUCCUCACCAAGCUCCUUGCUUAUUUUCUUGUAGCCCAUCCCAGCCUUGUGCAGGUCUACAAUUUUGUCCCUGAUGUCCUUAGACAGCUCCUUUGUCUUGGUCAUGGUGGAAACGUUGGAAUCUGAUUGAUUGUGUGGACAGGUGUCUUUUAUACAGCUACAUAACGAUGUAACGAGUUGACAGGUGUUUUGGGCAAUGAGUUGAGAUUAGGAGUGCUUCUUAAUGGAAAACGAACUGGUCUGUGGGAGCCAGAAUUAUUGCUGAUUGGUAGGGGAUCAAAUACUUAUUUCAUGCAAAAAUACGAUAAUAAAUUUAUAAAAUUUAUAUGAUGUUGUUAUUGUGGAUUAUUUUGU